AUGCUACAGGGAGGUAGGAUGCUCUGGUGGCUGGUCCUCUUGGCUCUCUGGGUAUUCUCCAGUGCCCAAGAUGGUGAUGCGGAAGAUGAUACUUCCUUUGACCUAUUUGAAAUCAGUAACAUAAACCGAAGAACAGUUGGUGCCAAGCAGUUCCGAGGGCCUGACCCUAAUAGCCCAGCAUAUCGCUUUAUUAGAUUUGAUCACAUUCCCCCAGUGAAAGCUGAGAUCCUGAAGAAGAUGAUAAAGAUGAUGAGGCAAAAUGAGGGCUUCUUCCUCACUGCCACUCUAAAGCAGGACAAACAUUCACGGGGUACCCUCCUGGCUUUGGAAGGUCCUGGAAACUCUCAACGGCAGUUUGAGAUUAUAUCCAAUGGCCGGGCCAACACUCUCGACCUGAUUUACUCAGGAGAUAAGUUGCAGAAUGUGAUUUCUUUAGAGGAUGUGGAUCUGGCUGAUUCCCACUGGAAAAACAUCACUGUGCAACUGACAGGGGAGACCUAUGGCCUCUAUGUGGGCUGCGACCUCAUUGACAGCUUCAUUCUGGAGGAGCCCUUCUUUGAGCAGCUGAAGGCUGAGAAUAGCAAAAUGUAUGUGGCCAAAGGCUCCAUCCGAGAAAAUCAUUUCAGGGGUUUCCUUCAAGAUGUCCGUUUAGUUUUUGAAACUUCUGUGGAAGAUGUUCUCAUCAAGAGAGGAUGUCAGCGAAGCCAGACAGCUGAAAUGAACACCAUCAAUGAGAGCACAGAGAUCCUCCGCCUUAGCUCAACAGAAUAUGUUGGCCCCAAUACAGAAAAAAAUGCAGAAGUCUGCGAGCGCUCCUGUGAAGAGUUGAGCAGCAUGAUCAAUGAAAUAUCAGGACUGCGAAGCCUGGUCAACACCCUUACAGAACGCCUAACUAAAGUAACAAAUGACAAUCAAGUUCUUUGGGAACUCGUUGGUGUCCCUCUAAAGGUGAGGAACCAGACAGCAUGUUGGCAGGAUGGUCGUUUCUUUCAAGAUAAUGAGACCUGGGUGGUGGACAGCUGUACUAAAUGUACUUGCAAGAAAUUUAAAACCGUUUGCCACCAAAUCACCUGUCCAGCAGUAGCUUGUGCCAAUCCCUCCUUUGUUGAAGGUGAAUGCUGUCCUACCUGUUCUCCUUUCAAUGACAAUGAAGAAGGCUGGUCCCCGUGGGCUGAAUGGACAGAAUGCUCUGUCACAUGUGGCUCAGGAACACAACAGAGAGGACGCUCGUGUGACGUCACCAGUAACACAUGCCUGGGACCCUCCAUCCAGACGAGAAUGUGUAGUCUUGGCAAAUGUGACAACCGAAUACGGCAGGAUGGUGGCUGGAGCCAUUGGUCCCCUUGGUCUUCCUGCUCUGUAACCUGUGGAUUGGGGAACAUCACUCGUAUCCGUCUCUGCAAUUCUCCUGUCCCACAGCUGGGAGGAAAGAAUUGUAAAGGAAGUGGACGUGAGACAAAAGAAUGCGAGAAAGCCCCUUGUCCAAUUAAUGGCCGUUGGAGUCCAUGGUCUCCCUGGUCUGCCUGCUCAGUAACAUGUGCAGGAGGGAUUCGUGAGAGGUCCCGGGUCUGUAACAAUCCUGAGCCACAGUAUGGAGGAAAAGAUUGUGUGGGAGAUGUCAAAGAACACCAGAUGUGCAACAAACGGAGGUGUCCAAUUGAUGGAUGCUUAUCCAAUCCUUGCUUUCCUGGAGCAGAAUGUAAUAGCUUCCCUGAUGGCUCUUGGUCGUGUGGCUCUUGCCCAGUUGGCUAUCUAGGGAAUGGCACUCAUUGCGAAGACCUCGAUGAAUGCACAGUUGUCACAGAUGUCUGCUUCAUAUCCAAUAAAGUUCACCGCUGUGUCAACACCAACCCAGGCUUCCACUGCCUGCCAUGUCCCCCACGCUACAAAGGAACCCAGCCCUUUGCAGUGGGGCUGGACGCAGCCAGAACAGAAAAGCAAGUUUGUGAGCCUGAAAACCCGUGCAAAGACAAGACUCACAACUGCCAUAAACAUUCAGAAUGCAUCUACCUGGGCCAUUUCAGUGAUCCAAUGUACAAGUGCGAAUGUAAGACUGGUUAUGCUGGUGAUGGGCUUAUCUGUGGGGAAGACUCUGAUCUAGAUGGCUGGCCCAAUAAAAACCUGGUCUGUGCAACAAAUGCUACAUAUCACUGCAUUAAGGAUAACUGUCCCCACCUACCUAAUUCUGGCCAGGAAGAUUUUGACAAAGAUGGAAUUGGUGACGCUUGUGAUACUGAUGAUGACAAUGAUGGUGUGGAUGAUGAGAAGGACAAUUGCCCUCUUCUCUUUAAUCCUCGUCAAUCUGAUUAUGACAAGGAUGAGGUUGGAGAUCGCUGUGAUAACUGUCCUUAUGUACACAAUCUUGCUCAGAUAGAUACAGACAAUAAUGGCGAAGGUGAUGCUUGUUCUGUAGAUAUAGAUGGAGACGAUGUUUUUAAUGAAAGAGACAAUUGUCCUUAUGUUUACAAUACUGACCAAAGGGACACUGAUGGUGAUGGUGUUGGAGAUCACUGUGAUAACUGCCCCUUGGUGCAUAAUCCUGAUCAGACUGAUGUGGAUAAUGACCUUGUUGGUGACCAAUGUGAUAAUAAUGAAGACAUAGAUGAAGAUGGUCACCAGAACAACCAAGACAAUUGUCCCUACAUAUCUAAUGCUAAUCAAGCUGACCAUGAUAACGAUGGCAAGGGGGAUGCCUGUGACUCUGAUGAUGACAAUGAUGGCAUUCCAGAUGACAGGGACAAUUGCCGGCUUGUUUUCAAUCCUGACCAGGAGGACUCAGAUGGUGAUGGAAGGGGUGAUAUUUGUAAAGAUGACUUUGACAAUGAUAAUGUUCCAGAUAUUGAUGAUGUGUGUCCAGAAAACAAUGCCAUCAGUGAAACAGAUUUUAGAAAGUUCCAAAUGGUGCAUUUAGACCCUAAGGGAACAACCCAGAUAGAUCCCAACUGGGUAAUUCGUCAUCAAGGGAAAGAGCUGGUACAGACAGCCAAUUCUGAUCCUGGUAUAGCUGUAGGUUUUGAUGAAUUUGGUUCUGUUGACUUCAGUGGCACAUUUUAUGUCAAUACUGACCGUGAUGAUGAUUAUGCUGGGUUUGUGUUUGGCUACCAAUCAAGCAGUCGGUUUUAUGUGGUAAUGUGGAAACAAGUUACCCAGACUUAUUGGGAAAACCAACCCACCAGAGCUUAUGGCUACUCAGGUGUAUCACUCAAAGUGGUAAAUUCCACCACUGGAACUGGAGAGCAUCUCAGGAAUGCUCUGUGGCACACAGGAAACACAGAAGGACAGGUACGUACUUUAUGGCAUGAUCCCAAGAAUGUAGGCUGGAAAGAUUAUACUGCCUACAGGUGGCAUCUGACUCAUAGACCCAAGACAGGUUAUAUGAGAGUUUUAGUACAUGAAGGGAAGCAAGUCAUGGCAGAUUCAGGACCAAUUUAUGAUCACACCUACGCUGGGGGUCGGUUAGGUCUUUUUGUCUUCUCUCAAGAAAUGGUCUUUUUCUCAGACCUCAAAUAUGAAUGCCGAGAUGUCUGAGCAAGGGAUGAUGCCUUUCCAGCAAAGUACUGUAUGUGCUGUGUGUAACUUAGACACCCCAAUUCAUCACGGUACUUCCAGCUUCUCUCUCUGUGCCUCCUCCUCCUCCUCCUCCUGCUCCUUGGUCCUUUCCUCUGAGUGGCCUUUCAUCUUUCCAUUUCCAGGAGUGCUCAGCCAGUCCUAUGCCCAAGUGCCUUCUGAGAAGUAAUAUCAAAAGGACUUUCACACAGUGGCUAAUGGCCAAUGUGCCAUAGAAGUGAAAUGUUAUAUGUUAGGAACUCUCUGUAGAGGGAAAAAAAUUGAACAUGACUCUGUGUGUCACUGUUUUUGUUUAUUUUAAAAGGAUGACGUUUACAUGUAAAGUGUAAUUACUUAAUGAAUUUAUGUAUAUGUAGCUGAAGAGGAUGCUGAGUAUAAGCCAUGUCUUAAAUUAAGCAGGAAAAUGAGUGCUAAAACCACUUCUGAAUCCAGGACUGGCCUCCAAGAAUACAUCAAUCAACGGGGGCAGCUGGGUAGCUCAGUGGAGUGAGAGUCAGGCCUAGAGACAGGAGGUCCUAGGUUCAAACCCG